GCUUAGCAUCUGCAAGUCUGUCUCGAGCUUUGCAAUCGGCACCUAGGUAUGCUUUUAAAAGCUUUAAAGAUACCACAAAUAAGUACACCGGGUUGUCGGUCUCACGGGAGCUUCCAGGCACGUUUCUCUUCCGUCUUGGCCGGAGUUAAAGGUACCUACUGUGUAGGAGACAAUCCCAAAUGACGCAGCAGAUCUUUGGCCAAUCAGGGCCCAUAUUAGCGGACUGCGGGGUCAUCCGCCAUCGGCCCCAGCUUUAUCGCAGUUCAUGGAGGGGCAAUGCUCGGCACUGUUUGGAGAAUGUUCGGUUUGCCUGAGCCACUUGAACUUUUGAGAUCACCUCAUAGAACAUUGCACACCGACAGCCACGCCUUUGCGAGUCUUGGUCUCCCCGUCACCCGCUCGAAUAUCUCCCAAUACAACAACAUGUCGACUAUUCGCGAAAUCACCAGUCUUUCGAACUGGGAACAUCACGUCACCUCACUACCGCCUUCCACUCUCCUCGUGGUCUCUUUCCAUGCGCCAUGGGCCGCUCCAUGCGCGCAAAUGGCGACCGUUCUGUCGACGCUGGCGAGCGAGUAUCCCGUCACUGAACCACCGUCCACAUCAUGGGUGUCGAUCAACGCAGAGGAUCUUUCGGAUAUUAGCGAAACCUACAACGUGACAGCCGUUCCAUUUCUUGUCCUGAUUCGCAACGGACAGGUGCUGGAAACCGUCAGUGGAAGCAGCGCCGUCAAGGUGCGGAAUGCCAUCGAAGCCCAUGCCGCCAAGGCCGGCGCCCCAGUUUUGAAUGGCGCUGCGACUGCGACUGACGGCCAUGAUGGUGAGGUGGCAACCGAGGAGGAUCCAGAGAAGAAAAAGGAGGAACUCUUCAAGCGUCUGGGAGAUCUUGUCAAGGCUGCUCCCGUGAUGCUCUUCAUGAAGGGCACUCCUAGCGAGCCCAAGUGCGGCUUUUCUCGGCAGCUAGUAGCUAUUCUGCGGGAAAACGCCGUCAAGUAUGGCUUCUUCAAUAUCCUGGCCGACGAUGAAGUGCGCCAGGGCCUCAAAGAGUUUGCCGACUGGCCAACUUAUCCCCAGCUCUGGGUUGACGGUGAGCUGGUCGGAGGGCUUGAUAUUGUCAAGGAGGAACUGUCUAAUGACGCCGACUUCUUCAAGGCAUAUAGCAUCAAGUCCAACGGCGAGACUGCAGCCGCCUCGUGA